AUGUUCAUAGUACGCCACUGCUUAUCUCCCUUCAACAGCUAUUUUCUGUUCGAAAAACCAGUGCUGAUACUUAUUAAAGCAUUUGAUAAUGGCGCGUCUGCCCUUCUCCUCCAUCUUUCCGGUACAAUACCCGUAAUCUUUAGAGGAACAACCUACCGAUUUCCCAUCUCUGUAUGGGUUCCUCAUGCCUAUCCCCGAGAGGCUCCUUUGGUCUACGUCACUCCCACUGAAUCCAUGAUGGUCCGCCCUGGCCAGCAUGUAGAUCCCCAAGGGCAGGUCUAUCACCCGUACCUAGUAGGCUGGUCUGCUUUCUGGGAUAAAUCCACCAUACUCGACUUCCUAGCGAUUUUGAGAGAUGUCUUUGCUAAAGAGCCACCUGUCGUUGCCCGACCACAAGGAAAACAACAGCCUUCUACCCCUACGCAACCUCCUGGCCAGACACCUCCACCCGUCCCUCCUCUACCGCCCGAUUUGGUUCCUCGAGCGAUCAGCCGUCAGUCAGUCCAGACGCCGGUAGAUCAGUCUCGGCCUCCGCCUCCCCCGCCUAAGGCAUCUAAUACGGAGCCAUCCUACCGAACUCCUCCUCCUCUUCCUGCCGAUGGUAGAAGUGGCCCCCCUCUCCCACCAUUGCCUCCGAGCAUUAACCGCGGAGGCUCUCGUGGAGACCCUUCCCUGCAGCAGCCACCACAAUUUCAGGACCAAAACUACUCCCGCUAUGACUCCGCUCCUCCUCUUCCCCCGACUGCCGCCACUCAACAGAAGUCGUCAACGCUGCCCCCACGCCUCGCGGAUGAAUUUGGGCAAAAACCACUGCAACAAGUCCGUCCCGAGGCUACCCCUCCGCACUCGACGCCGUUUGUAGAACUUCAAUAUAGCCCGCCUUCCCAAAGACUUCCCCAGCAGUAUAAUGGUGCUUCUGGUUGGCAGCAAGCUCCUGAACAGUACCAGCCACCCUUUCAACACCAUCAAUCACAUUCUCAACAGCUAGCACCACAUGUUCAACAAGCGUCGAAGCCAGCCCCGCCCCCAGAUCUACUCGAUGAGCCUCUCACACUUAGUAUCCCGUCACCGUCUUCCAUGCCCGCGCCACCAAUCCCUCCGAACCCUGAAAAGGAUGCUUUACUACAUCAGCUAGCACAAACGCUUUACAACUUACGCCAGCGGAGUCGACAACAAAACGAGUCCAGCAUGGCUGGUCUGCAGGCGCAGCGCACGGCCAUGCUGUCCGCCUUCUCAACCUUGCAGUCCGAAAUGGGCACCCUCAGUCAAACAUCUGCCUUGCUUCAAUCAAACGCAAGCAUCCUUGUCGAUGCUCUUCGGAAGGCAGAUACAGUCAUUGAAGGGUCUUCCCGUCAAACUGCCCCGGACAUUGACGAACUUCUAGUAGCGCCCACGGUUGUGGCCAAUCAACUGUACAACCUCGUAGCCGAAGAGAAGGCCAUUGGCGAUACAAUCUUCGUCUUGGGGCGGGCUGUCGAGCGAGGUCGAAUAUCACCAGCUGUCUUUGCCAAGACUACUCGCUCUUUAGCUAGAGAGUGGUAUUUGAAAAAAGCCUUGGUUCGCAAGAUAGGAAAAGGAAUGGGACUUGCAGCGUAG